AUGAGACCACGGCGCGGACUGUCUCUCGAUCGUUUGAUGCCGAACACAGUGCGACCGCCACUCCAUCAUGCCGUCACCAUGGAAGCACCUCGAAGGCCUCGGUCGAAUCGGCCCCCUCUACGCCGCUCCAUCCGCCUCGAAGAUGAUGAUGGAGCGGCAGAAGAACGGCGGCGUGUCUUCGGCCACGGACCCCGAGCUCCCUCCUUUGACGAGGGUGACGCGAGCGACCACGAAUGCGAAUGCCAGCGUGCAUCGCUAGAGCGUUCCGGCCCAUCUGCUGAAACGCCCGAUGAAGAAUUCGAACCUGAGUUUGUCGCCUCUCCUCCUAAUGAUACAUCUGACACACGUCUACGUGGUGCUUCAGCAGACCGCGUGCUCGAUCAACGAGAACAUUUAACUCCCCGCGGCCCAUCUAGAGCGCAUUCGCAGGGAGUUUUUGAAAGACGUUUACCGAAAAUUUACAAAUUGGGACUUAUUGAUAAAUCAAAAAGAGCAAGCUCUAGUGCACUGUAUGAGAGAGCAGAUAGAUCGCCUACUGAGGCCUUUUAUAACGCCACUGGUUCCACACGACUUAGCUCGCAGGAACUCUUCGAAAAGUUUUGCUCAGAAGAUUUUAGAUCCUUAUAUGGUAGAGAAGAGUAUAGACCUCGUCGUCCACCGCAUUCGAAGUCAACUGGUAGCAGUGGUUCGGAUGUAAGACACGAGCGAACUUGCUGCAGACGCGUACCUUGUGGUUCACAACCAGUCUUGAAUAGACGUCAUAAUUACCAUGCGCCGCGGUCUGAUCGCUCAACAGAUUCGGAUGGCACCUCCCCUGGUAGAACCAACAUUCGUAUACCAUCAGAAAUACAAGAGCAAUCUACAAAUGAUUACUCUCGAUCGGCGCCACUUCUCAGCCCUGAUAAGUUCGAAGCACGUUUUACGUUUGAUAUAUCUGAACGCAGUGAAGUCACGUCUUACCGCGAUGAGACUCCAUCUGAUGCAACGGAGACGCGUAAUCUUACGCUUUAUGAAGAACCGCAUUCAGAUCGUACGAGCAUUUGCGAAUUGUACGAUGCAGCUUUUUCUUCGCAUCGGCCAUCAUUUAAAAGAAACAGUUCAAAGAGACGCGGCGGGCCCUUCGAUUUGAGUAAUCUUGAUUUCCGAGCAAUCGACGAUGAGAGUCCGCGAGCGAGCCGUCGCACUUCACAACGCAGUAUGGAUGAUACUAUGCGUCAAACUUCAGAAUCACGUAGCUGGGCUUCGGACUCAGUUUUCGCAACACCGGAACGAAGAGCCAUAACAACUGCCACUACAUCACCAUCUUCGACUGACACUCGCAAAUACGUGACAGCCUUGGAACGAGCAGAAUCUGCGGCUGCGGAUUCCACGCAAGCUGAUACCACUGCUGCUGAAGAGCAACCUAGCGUUAUUGAGCGAUCUGAAUAUGCAUUAGCACUGAGUCUCGGACGGAUAGAUUUAGACGGCUCACCAGAAAGACCGGCGUCCACACAGUCUGGUCUAGUUCGUAUAGCGAGUAGACCGUCGAUGCUUAGACUGGAGCCGAUAGAGCCAGAACGGUUGUGUGGCGGUGCUGAUCAAGAUAGCUCAGUGGCGCACCGCAAGCGGCGCGGUGCCAGCGAGCCGCGGCGGUCAGCGCGCUGUUUCCCCCUCUGA